AUGUGUGCAGUUGGUGGUUUCUGCGGAAAUUUCCUGACAAAAUUAGCUCAAACACAUCAUGCUAGAUGUUUAGCAGUACCUGGAAUGAAACAGGUAUAUAAAAGGACAAAACCUCAUUUAAACGUAGGCACUAUCGGACAUGUAGAUCAUGGCAAAACAACUCUUUCUUCAGCUAUUACGAAAGUCCUGGCGACAAAAAAGGGUGCAAAAUUUAAGAAAUAUGAAGAAAUCGACAAUGCUCCUGAAGAGAAAUCUAGAGGUAUUACCAUUAAUGCAUUCCAUUUGGAAUACGAAACAGAGAAGCGACAUUAUGCGCAUAUUGAUUGUCCAGGUCAUGCAGAUUAUAUUAAAAAUAUGAUAACCGGAACAGCACAGAUGGAAGGUGCUAUUUUAGUUGUAGCUGCAACCGAUGGAGCUAUGCCACAGGCAAGUUUUUCUCAAUUAUUUACUCGAGAGCAUUUAUUGUUAGCACGACAAGUUGGAAUCCCUGUAAAUAAUAUUGUCGUAUAUUUGAAUAAAAUAGAUGAGGUAACUGAUAAAGAAACACAUGAGUUGGUUGAAAUGGAGAUGCGCGAAUUGUUGUCAGAUCUUAAAUAUCCAGCUGAAUCGCCGGUUGUCUUUGGUUCAGCACUCUGCGCAUUGGAAGGGAAAAAUCCAGAGAUUGGUGAAGAGUCAAUUUGGAAACUUCUGGAUGUUCUUGACAAUUCAUUCAUUAUUCCAGAACGAAGUCAGAAUACGGAGGUCAUGUUUCCAGCUGAGCAUGUUUAUGCAAUUAAAGGUCGAGGAACGGUUAUUACUGGCAAAUUAGAAAGGGGCACGUUGAAAAGAGGAGAUAAAGUGGAAAUAGUGGGGUCUGGAAAAGAUCCAGUUACAUCAGUUGUGUCAAGUCUCGAGACGUUUAAAAAAUCCCUCGACCUUGCGGAACCUGGUGACCAACUCGGUAUUUUGUUAAGAGGUGUAGACAGUAAAUCAGUGCGGCGGGGUAGUGUCCUUCUACCUCAGGGGCAUAAUCAUGUGCCCACUGAUAAAGUGGAAGCUCAGUUGUACAUCUUGAAACCAGAUGAAGGAGGCGCUAAAACACCAGUUGCUAAUUAUUUUUCGGAGCACAUAUUUUCUUUAACAUGGGACUGUGGUGCAGUAGUUAAAAUCAAAGGCAAAGACUUCAUUAUGCCUGGAGAAGUUGGAGAAGUUGAACUGCAUAUGAAUGCGGUUCAGUUUAUUGAACCACAACAAAGAUUCACAAUUCGUAAAGAUCCAGUUACAGUUGGCACUGGUGUUUUCACAAAAGUUCAUCCACCACGAACAGAAGCUGAGAAAGAUAAAAAGAAAAUGAAAGCGGCGAUGAAGGCUGAAAUGGAGCGACUUGGUUUCAAUCCUUAUGGUCAGCAAAUGGAAAAACGGUUGAAACCAGAUUAUACAAACAGUCCCAAACAAUCUCCAGAGGCGAAACUCUUUGAAACUCAAAUGACAUGA